AUGGCGAGAAGCACAUUGUAGCUUUGAGAAACAUUAUAAGUCCCGUAGAGGUGAUACUAGAAUCUUGGGAUAUGUUAUUGAUACUUCUAAUGCAGUGUUUUGUAAAGUACACAACUAUGCUUUCUUUUCGUCAAAAAGCUGAGAAUUUAAUGAAAAGUACUGCAUUGAUUGAUGGGCACAAUGACAUGCCCUGGCAGCUAAGGAAGAGGGUACACAAUGAUCUUUCUGCAGUCGACCUUAAGACCUGGAAUGUUACUCAGACCAAUAUCAAGAAGCUCCGGGCUGGUUUGGUUGGUGCUCAGUUCUGGGUUGCUUACGUGCCUUGCAAUGCACAGAACAAAGAUGCAGUCCGUCAUACCUUGGAACAAAUAGAUGUGAUAAAAAGGAUGAUAGAGAUGUUCCCAGAAGAUUUCCAACUGGCAACAACAGCAGAUGGAAUCAUGCAAGUAUUUAAAAGUGGUAAAAUAGCCAGCCUCAUUGGUGUGGAAGGCGGACAUGGAAUCGACAGCAGUCUAGCAGCUUUGAGAAUGUUCUAUGACCUUGGAGUCCGUUACCUGACAUUAACACAUGUCUGUAAUACACCAUGGGCAGAUACCAGCAGAGUGGACAGUGGCCUUGUGAAGCCUGGUGUCAAAGGAUUGUCAGAUUUUGGAAAAAAAGUUGUGAAAGAAAUGAAUCGUCUAGGAAUGUUGGUUGACCUCUCCCACGUCUCUGAAGAUACAAUGUUGGCUGCACUUGAAGUAUCAGAUGCUCCUGUCAUCUUCAGUCAUUCCUCUGCAUUUGCUGUGUGCCAAAACUACAGAAAUGUCCAGGAUAAUGUUCUUCGUAAACUGGCAAACAAUUCAGGGAUUGUGAUGGUAAAUUUUUAUCCCAACUUUAUUUCUUGUAAAGAAACUGCUACGUUAUCCCAAGUUGCAGACCACCUUGACCACAUUAGAAAUGUCGCUGGUGCAGAUCAUGUGGGCAUUGGCAGUGACUUUGAUGGUUUUGGAAGGGGACCCAUUGGUCUGGAAGAUGUUUCAAAAUAUCCUGAUUUGAUUGCUGAGCUUCUUUUGCGUAACUGGACUGAAAAUAAUAUUAAAAAGCUGCUUGGUUUAAACAUUUUACAAGUCUUUAAGAAAGCUGAAGAAGUGAGCAAGCAGCUUCAGAAAACCAAAAAGCCGUCAAAUGAUGUCAUUUCUCAGGAUAAGGUGCAGAGUGUAUGCAGAACAUUUCUUGGCUAUCCAUCUGCAGCUCCUCCCCAUCUCUGCACUGUUCAUAUUCUCAGCAUGAUCAUGUUCAUUGUUUCCUUAAUAAUCAGAACUUAAUAGUAUAAAUAGAUAGAUAGCAUUUAAUGUACAGAGGACACACCUAAAGAAGAUUAAUGCGAUAGUAGAGGAAAUGAGUUGGGGGAGAAAAGAACAGAUUUAUUCAUAACGUAUGUCUUUGUAAUUGUACACCUCCAAGCAUCUGUACAUUAACUACCCAAUCCAUACUUAGGUAGAAAGUGGAGAUUUAUUUUCAUGGAAUGCCUAAAUAUCUAUUUGAAACUGCUAUGUACACCUUGAUUGAGCUUAAAUCUUACAAUAGGCUAGAUCCUGUGGUCAGAGGCAAAAUGAUUGUGUUUAUUGUGCCAGUGACUCAUGGCCAAUAAAAUGAGAGCAAAAAGAUUUUUUUUAAACCAACAUCCUACAGAGUGCAGAAUGAACAUUGAAACAUGACCCUGAGAUUAGGAUCAAAGCUAAGAUAAGCAAACAUGCAAGGAAAACAUGCAAAUUAAUUUUAAAAACAUGGAAUUUUGAAAUAUUCUUUGAAAUUCAACUGCAGAGAUUAGUUUUUCAAGAUUAAAGGUGUUUAGCAGUGAAUGCGCAAUUCAAGAAUGAUCUCUGCUACAGAUAAUUGAUGAAUCCUCAAGUGACUGGGUUAUCAGAUCCUAGAUUAUUCAAACUGUCCACAGAAAUUGCAGAUGCUUCCUUGUCAGAGAGCUGCCCACUGGUUGGGGUUUCCUUCCCUUUCAUUUCCAAGCUUUUGGGUUUGAGACCAUAGCAUUCUUCUUUAAAGCAGGUUCUGGCUUCUUGGAGAUAUUAGAAUCAGUCAGAUCAUCUGGCGGCCAGCUCUUCCUAUUUGAUGCCUGUUUUCCUGGGGAAUGUCUUCAGGGUGUCUUUGUGGUAUUUUCUUUGGCUGCCAGUGGAUCAUGGUUUGAUUGAACUAAGUGUAUAACCCUUAUCUGGGGUCUGUAGGGAGGAUCUUCAGGAAGAUGUACAUUUAACUCCUGAUUGGCCAAGUCAACUGAAAAUGGAUAAAAAAAAGUCCUCCUGCAUGCUAUGAAAAACUGUAGGAUGUUUUUAAAGCAAGUUUUAAAAGAAACUAGGCAAUGAGCAGAAAAGUAGCAAGAAAAGUCUUUUUUCACUAACAAAGGAAAUUUAUCCAAGGACACAAUUUACAUGAUUUAUUUUCUCCCACAGAAACACUGCAGAAUUGUAACAGAGUAAAAGCAGUUUCUCCUGAGGCAAGGACUUAAAGGAUAAACUGGACAUGGAGGGGUCAAUCAGAAAGGACAGGGUUUGCCUCAAUCAUUUGUCAUAUUAUAAAAUGGGAGGUUUGGGGGCAAAGCUGGGCAAUUUACAAAGAAGCCUCUCACAGUUCAGAUUAAUCUGUACAGAUGGGAACCAACACUGGAGUGAGGUACAUCCAGAAUCAGAAUUUGAGUUAAUUACAUGCGAGCUGGAUCUACAGUUAAAAGUUGUGAAGAUCAUUAGAGCACAAAGGCAGCAGCAGGGCAUGGUUCUUUAUUAUCAUUUGUGGCAUUUUCAUAUCAAAACCCUACAUCAUAUAAAUAUUUUAUAAUUUCCUGUAAUAAUCUUGUUACACUAUUUGUAAUUUUUUCAUUAAAUUAGUUAUAGUGUUACUUAGUUUUAAUAAACUUUUU